AUGAAGGCGCAUUUCCCCUGGACAGUCUUUCAGUCGCGCACCUUAACGGUUGUUCACACCAGCGGUCUGCAUCGCUUGUCGUUCUCAUUUUGCCGUUGCGAAAAUGCAAAGACGGAAGACCUUCAGCUUCUUGAGCAAGGUUACUACCCCGGCUCACAACACCGGCCGCGCACCGCUUUCACCUUUGCAUUUCUAGACGAUUUCUUGAUAGAAAAUCGUGUAUGCAAAACGUCUCCGAUGAGCUAUCAUUCGAAGCUCUGCCAUCUCACAGAUGACAUGUUCUCACAUUGGAUUCCGGUUGGUCAACAGAUCAUACUAUCCCAAAUUUUAUAUGCUCAUUUCGCCUAG